UUGACCAGAGUUAGUCGCUGCUAGUAGACUAUACUAGCACUUAGUCGAGACUUGUAAUCCAUCGCGAAUGGACGUAUCGGUGGGCGAUUUCGGUGAUUUAGUAAAGUUUCUAUAGGCAUUUUGUUGGUGCAAAAUUGACAAAUCUCAUUUUGGUUGUUAAAAAAAAAAAAAACGGUUAUUUGAUUAGGGGUUAAAAUUUAUUAUACUCCUCUUGGAAGUUAAGUGAGUGGUUGCCUGCAGUGUUGUGAUUGUAUUUAGUGAAAAAAAGGUUGAAUUUAGAUACAACUCUUUAAAGGAUUACAAAAAAUUGACUAAUUCGAGUUUGAGGAAUACGGGUACAACCAUCUUUCAUAUAAGUUUUGAGUAUUCCUACAGGCCGGUAAUAUACGACAACCAGUCACGCUUCGCUCCAGCAGUGAACCACCGCGCUUUGCUGCGCGUAAAAUGGCACAAAACGGUUGUUGGUCAAGCAGCAGCGGUGGCAGCUCAUCCUCGUCGGCAGCGCAAAGUCGAGGACUAGGAACGGCAAGUGGUGCCCAAGAGGAACGUUUAGUGGUUGUGGUGCGGGUACGUCCAAGUGCAGAAACCGCAGACCAUUGUGUUGAUGUCAUUUCGGAAAAAUCACUUUUGUUUGAUGAUGGUGGCAAAAGUCGGCCUAGACAAUACUCAUAUGAUUAUGUUUUCAAAGAGACUGACACACAGGAAAAGGUAUACAAAAAAACCACAGCGCCACUGGUCAGGGAUGUAAUUAAUGGUUACAAUGCCGCUGUAUUCGCUUAUGGCGCCACGGGUUCUGGAAAAACACACACCAUGCUGGGACCUUGUCGCAAGAAAACAACAUCAACGGCUACUGAACGUGGCGCAACCGCCUCAUACGACGCCGAUGCCAAUAGCAACGAAAGUGGUCUGAUGGUUCGAGCCAUCGAAGAAAUAUUUCAAAAUAUCGACAAUGCGCCGAAUAAUAGUAGCAAGGUAUCAAUUUCCUACUUGGAAAUAUACAAUGAGCUCAUUCGAGAUCUCUUGAAUCCUGGCGGUCCGCUAGAACUGCGCGAAGAUAAUCGUGGACAACGCAUUACUGUCGCCGGCCUUUCGGAGAUCACCACCAUAAGUCAGCAAGAGGUCGUCUCAUUGCUGCUUAAAGGCAACAAAGCUCGUACCAUGGAACCGACAGCGGCUAAUCAAACUUCAUCUCGCAGUCAUGCACUCCUCAGUAUUACCGUGCAAACCAAAACCCCUUUGGGUACAAAACAAGGUCGUCUAUUCCUCACCGAUCUUGCUGGCUCAGAGCGAGCUAAGAAGACGAAAAACCGUGGAAAACGUUUGCAAGAAGGUGCACAUAUCAACCGUAGUCUGCUGGCAUUGGGAAAUUGCAUUAAUGCGCUUUCGGGUGGAGCGCGUUACGUGAAUUACCGAGACUCGAAACUUACGCGUCUAUUAAAAGAGGCAUUGAGUGGCAAAUGCAAGACCGUUAUGAUUGCGCACGUCGCUCCCGAGGGCAAACAUCGUGAUGAAACAAAAAAUACACUCGUAUAUGCAGAUCGGGCAAAUAGCAUUUCCACGAGGCUGCAGAACUCUGUCUAUCUUGAUGAGGUCAAAGACUUUCCCACAAAACAUUAUCAAAACCUUGUAUCCGAGUUGCGCGAGGAAGUGACGCGCUUGCGUAGUAAAAUGUUAACUGAACGGCCACGUAGCGGAGCAGCGGCGGCUGCAGCAGCACAACCAGCACGCUCCACCGAAGAGGAUGAAAAGCGAAAGACCGAACUACGCUAUUUGCGAGAACAAAUCGUGCUCACCUUCAAGCAACAAAUGAAACUGCGACGCAAAUUACUCGAAGCCGAAAGCCACCUGCUAGGACUAGAGCUGGAUGCUGAGCGCCAGCAUAUGAUCAUUUCACACUGGCAAGGACGAAUGGGGAAGCUCUACGACACACCAGCUGAUGACGAUAUAGAGUCUGAAGGCGCAAUAGCGCUAAAGAACGCUUGGGGCGAACUAUCGGCAAUCGAGAAGGAGACACGUCGCUACAAAGAAAUACGUGAGCGCACUGAGCAAGAGUUGGAGUUGUGUCGGCAGAAAGGCGUGCAAUUGGAAGAUGAGCUACCAGAGCGCAUUACCAGCGAUGAAGAACGUGAACUACUGGCGCUACUUUGCCGUGUUCACGAGCUAGAAGCGGAUAAAGUGUCUCUGCAAGCUGAGCGCCUGGCCCGUCAAGCCGAACUUCGAAGGCGUGAUCUGCAGCUGUUACGCGCCGAACGCCAACGUAGACUAUGUGAGGACAUUAUCAGCUCACAGCGUCGACUUAUAGAAGAGGGCAAUGUCGAGCUGCCCGAUGAACUACGCGAACUUUAUGGCUUGUACCAGCAAGAGAUACACGCCGGUGUUGUUACACCAGCUACCUCAUAUGAACGCAAAUUACCGCCUAUCUACACAGCGGGUUCCGAAUCACCCGGCUCCAGUUCCAGCUCCGAAUGGUCACCUGGUUCGCCGCUACCACUAAUUGACAACCAAAUUCUCAGCGCGUUUCAAGACGGACCAGAUAGGCAUAUGGGACCACUUGUCAAUCCGCGCUUACCGAAAUUACCAGCGACCGCUGCACCGGCUACCCGUCGCGGUACCUCAAUACGAAUGACCAAGCAUGCGCCCAACACCUAGACCCGGCAAGGAGCAAUCCGACAGCAAAGGAGCUGAAGGCAAACAAGUUUUAGAAAUUUAUCGGCUGCAAAUGCUAAGUUUUUGCUCAGGGAAAAUUAAUUGUCAAUUGUAGUACUAUUUGUUUUUUUAUGUUUCGAAGAAAAGUUAAAUUAACAUGAACUUACAAGUAUGUACAAGCAUAAGGAAAGCAAUUCAUGAAGAUAAUGCGUAGCUUUGCUUGAUUAGCAAUUGAUUGUAGAUCAGUAGGAGUGAAUUUUCAA